AUGCUUACUCACUUGUUACAAGUCUUGGAAAACUGUGUGGAGAGUGUCCCUGAGAAGGGCAUCUUCUUCUACGACAGUGAUCAUCUGGAUCAUCCUGCCUUUAUUUCAUACCAUGAUCUUCUUCGACAAGCCAAGGAAAGAGCUCAGCUUUUGCUCAAUCAUCAUAUUGUCUCUCCAGGGGAGAUCGUUAUCCUUCACCUGGAAACACACAUCGACUACGUGACAUGGUUUUGGUCAGUCCUAGUAGCCAGCGGGGUUCCGGUCAUUUCAACGUCACUACCCACAGAUCCAACCGUUAAAACCAGUCACCUGGAACACUUACAAAAGCUUCUCAAAACCCCCAAGGUUCUUACCACGAAGAGAUUCUCGAACGAAUUUACCCUAUUCUCGACAUCGGAUCUCUUCCUCGUGGAGGAAUUGAUAUCCUCCGAGCAUCAAUCACACGUAACUGCGUCGACAACCAGCACCCUCUACGGGAAUGGCGGUGUCUCGAGAGACACCUAUGAUCUGGCAUUUCUCAUGCUCACCUCUGGCAGCACGGGGUUUUCUAAAGCCGUGGAGCAGCAUCAUCGACAAGUCAUCGCUUCCAGUCAUAGCAAGAUGGAAAUGAUGGACGUCACCAGUGAGGAUAUAUUCUUCAACUGGAUCGACUUUGACCAUGUUUCCGCCGUGGCUGAGAUCCACAUUCACGCCAUAGUGGCCCAAGCAACUCAAGUCCAUGUAGCUCCAACCAUAGCCCUCCAUGAUCCACUUCUGUGGUUGAAGAUCAUAGAUCAUCACGCGGUGUCAUAUACUUUCUCGCCAAACUUCUUCCUCGCUGCCGUAUGUCGGGCAGUCGAAAACGCAAGUCCGCGGCCCGCAUUGAACCUUUCCAAGCUUCGCGCUGUUAUCUCUGGAGGGGAAGCCAACGUGGUGUCAACUGGUCUGGCUUUCAACGCCGCCAUGCGGUCGCUUGGCGCUGUCCAGGACGUUUUGGUCCCUGCGUUCGGGAUGACCGAGACUUGUGGAGGUUGCAGCUAUAACAGAGAAUUUCCCGAUCGAGAAACACGGCUCGGACUUCAGUUCUGCUCUAGUGGAAAGACCAUUUCGGCACUGCAAAUACGCAUCACAGAUGAAACUGGCAAGGUGCUGGACGCCGACCAAGAGGGUAACCUCGAGGUUUCCGGCCCAGCGCUCGUCAAUCGCUACUUCAAUGACGUGGACAAUACCACCAAGGCAUUCACCCAAGAUGGCUGGUUUAAGACAGGCGACAGGGGUUGUAUCGAUGCCGCCCGAAACCUGACGUUGAGCGGAAGGGCCAAGGACAUGAUCAAAAUCAACGGGGUAAAUUACUUCUCCCAUGGCCUCGAGGCCGCACUAGAGAAAGCCAGGUUGGAUGGACUGACACCCUCGUACACGGCGGCGUUCUCCACCUGGCCCACGGGAAGUGACAGCGAGGAGCUGGUCAUCCUGUUCCUGCCUACCAGCAGGGCUCUCGAGGAUAGAAAUGUGCUGGUGCAUACUAUCGACCGUAUCUCGGAGACAGCUACUCUAUACUGUACUAAGGCGCCUAUCAAUGUUAUUCCGCUGCCAGUUGAGAUGCUGCCUAAGACAUCGUUG